AACCUACCAAGCAUGUUUUUGCCCGGAGAAAACCCACACAGGGCACGGGAGAACAUGCAAACUCCUCACAGGCGGGGCCUGGGAUUGAACCCCUAUCCUCAGAACUGUGAGGCAGACACUCUAACCAGUCGCCCCCACCAUGCCGCCAUUGCAAAAAUUCACUCAUUGUGAAUUUGAUGCCUGCAACAUGUUCCAAAAAAAGCUGGGAUCACCUUUCCUUUUAACUCAAUAACACUCAAUAAGUGUUUGGGAAGUGAGGACACUAAUUGUUGAAGCUUUGUAGGUGGAAUUCUUACCCAUUCUUGUUUGAUGUACAACUUCAUUUGCUCAACAGGCCAGGGUCUCCGUUGUCGUACUUUGCUCUUUAUCAUGUGCCACACUUUUUCAAUGGUCUGGUCUGAUGUACUACAAAGCCACGCUGUUGUAACCUGUGCGGAAUGUGACUUGGCAUUGUCCUGCUGAAAUAAGCAGGGACAUCCAUGAAAAAAAAACGAUGCUUGGAUGGUAGCAUAUGUUGCUCCAAAACCUGCAUGUACUUUUCAGCAUUAAUGGUGCCUUCGCAGUUAUGCAAGUCACCCAUGGGGUAUGGGCACUAACACACUCCCACACCAUCACAAACACUUUUCCACUUUGCGUCAGUCCAUCUCAGAUGAGCUGGGGCCCAGAGAAGCUGGCAGAGUUUCAGGAUGUUGUUGAUACAGUAUAUGGUUUUUGCUUUGCACAGUAGAGCUUUAACUUGCAUUUGUAGGUGUAGCGAUGAACUGUUUGAUCUAACAAUGGUUUUCUGAAGUGUUCCUGAGCCCACGUGGCAAUAUCCUUUUCAGAGUGAUGCUGGUGUUAAAGGCACUGGUUUCUUUUGACCUUUUGACGAUAUUAUGGACCGUUGAUGAUGAAGUCUGUAAAUUCCUUGAAAUUGGAUGUUGAGAAAUGUUCUUAAACUGUUGGGACUAUUUGGUCAUGCAGUUGUUCACAAAGUGGUGAACCUUGCCCCACGCUUGCUUGUGAACACAAAGAGCCUUUCGGGGAUGCUCCUCUUAUACCCAAUCAUGACACUCACCUGUUUCCUAUUAACCUGUUCACCAGUGGAACGUUCCACACAGGUGUUUAUUUUGUUUUAGCAUUCCUCAUGUUUCCCAGGGUUCUCCCCGUGGAUGCGUGGGUUUUCUCCGGAAACUCUGGUUUCCUCCCACAUCCCAAAAACAUGCAUGGUAGGUUUAUUGAAGACUCUAAAUUGUCCGUAGGUGUGAAUGUGAGUGUGAACGGUUGUUUCUUUGUAUGUGCCCAGUGAUUGGCUGGCAACCAGUUCAGGGUGUACCCCGCCUCUCUCUCAAGACUCAGCUGGGAUAGGCUACAGCUCACCCGUGACCCUAGUGAGGAUAAGCGGUACGGGAAAUGGAUGGAUGGAUGGAUAAGAAAAACAAUAAUGUAUAGUUUAAAACGAUUUUUUUGGGGAUCCCUCAAAUUUUAGGGGUGCUGGGAUUCAUUUUAAGGGGUGCUUAAGAACCCCUCAAAAUGGGCUAGAAACGCCAUGUACAUAAAUAACAUCAGAUGUCAGUGGAAUCAAGAAGUACCUUUACAAAACCAUCCGUGCAUAUUUUUUAAAAUCAAGGCUCGCGAUUUAUGAAGUCAUUUAAAUUCAACUCAGAAGUGGGAAAAGGCUGGUUAGGAAUCUGAAGAAUCUGAAUUCCCCAACUAAAAUAAGAGAAUGCGCCAUGUACUGAAGACACUUGUUCUUAUUUCCAUAACAAGAAGGAAAAACAAUGAUAUGAGAGGGGUGCGUUAUAAGGAUUCCCACACAGUUUCUAGGCGGGACACGUCCUGCUCCAAUAUUACUGGCUCCAGCACACGCGCCACUGCACUAUGAUUGACUGUUGAAUCCUUGUAGAGCACGCCCUACUGCUUCCAGACGGCAAAAGAAGUAUGUGACUGAAGUGUGGCCCUAACCCACCCUAAUCCUAACCUUAACCUAUCCUAAACCGCCUUAGCCCCAACCCUGUCCCUAAACCUAACCAUAACAAACGUCUUUGUUUUAUUUCGAGCAAACUUGCGUAACCUGCCCUUCCCGCGACGCAGGAGCCAAUCGUGUUGCAGUAGGGCGUGUCCUGCCUGGAAAUUUAGUGGGAACCCAAUAACCCCAGGCGUACUUCUGCGCUUCACUUCUGACGUGAAAUGUUAAAUAUGUGACGUCAGGACGCAGCGCAAACCUACGUCAAGACAAAGUGGUAUGUGUUAGCAACUAACUUAAGAGAGCUUGUACAAUAGUUGAGUAUCUUGAGUAUAUGAGUAUUUCUUUUGAACCUGUUAGUUCAUGGAGACGUACGUCAGUUCGGAGCAUCAAUAAAAGGACGCGGGGUGCCUAACUUCAAUGAGAUGACCAAUUCAAAUCACGCUCUUCCACUAUUUGACUAUGUGACCGCUUUUAAAGCAAAUAGACGGCCAACGGGUCUUAGGUCCUAAGCCUGACCCUCUCCAAGAGAGGCCUGUGCAUGUUUCCCCCCUUCAUUCUCCUCCUCCUCCUCGCCAAGGCGUGGAGCUAUGAGGCCCCCAAGGAAAAGCAGGAUGUGUUUGCAAAAAAAGCUUGCCCAGCUUUCCUGCUCUUCUUCAACACCGCCUACCAGGCAGGGGCCACAGUGGAGCUGCCGUGCCACUGUAAGCCCGAAGAGAUCCAGUCAGUCGUUUGGUUCUUCAGGAAGCACCAGUCCAACUCAGAAGAGACCAGAGCCCUGACCGAUUACCAUGGGAACAAGCUGCUGGACUCCAAUCGAAUCCCCCACAGUGCCGACCUGCGGAGUCGCUUCUCAAUUCGUCUCUUCAGCCUUCUGAUCUUUCGAACAGCUGUGGACGACUCGGGUGUUUAUAUCUGCGGAUCGGCUCAGGGCGACUACUUCUACGCCUAUGAUCUGGACAUCCAGGAGGUGCAGAAGCUCAGCUUCACGUCAAGGCUCACUCCUGAAAGUAAGAGCAACUCGAUGGAAGACGUAAAGGGACAAAUAUCUGGUCAGCUGCUCUACCAAGUCUUCACCACUUUCCGUCCAUGGUCACGGUGCGAUCGCUGUGGCAUGCAGGGCGAGCAGGUCAGAGUGGGGCUCUGCUACGUCCGCUCCCGGUUCCUGCACGUGCGCUACAGGCGGGUCAACCACACCGUGGCGUCCUGCGGCUCAGGGGCGGUGCCUCAGGCAUUCAGCCACCUGAAGCAAAGCAGAGCUGGAGCCAGGCUGGAGGUCAGAAGCUGCCAUGUGACUUGUCCAACAGAAGCGCCACCCCCUUCCAAACUGGAUAAAUUUAUGGCAUUUGUGGGGCACAGUUCUGAUUCCAUGAAGACACAGGAGAUACAGGUUUCCUACCUGAAUCACCCAGCGGACCAAAUCCUUACCCUCGGCUGCCCAGGGGCACGGCCAUACAUGGCAGUGGCGUGGGACAGAGGAUCUGAGCCCAUUUAUCGAUCACAGAGUUUGGUAGGACAGGAUGCAAGCAUCAUGUCUCCGAGGCUUCAAAUUGAUGCUGGACAUCAUCUGGUCUUCACUCCUGCUCAGCUUCAGGACUCUGGUGUCUACUACUGCUGGCUGAAGGGGCGCCGUGUGGCUGAGAUACACCUGCUGGUCUACCCCCAUUUCAGGCCGGGCAUGUUCUUCACAUCUCAUCCAGACUUGCCCUUGGCCUUGGAGAUAGUUUUAAAAUCGUAUGCUGCCAUGACAGCAGUGUUCUGCCUAUUGCUCCUCCUUCGAGUCUGCAUUAGACAGCUGCGGAGGGACACACAUAUCGACCGAACUUAAUCAAGGUGCAACCUUUUAGUUUGAAUUGUAUUUGUAUUGAAUAAAAUCAUCAAGUUUUGAAAGACAUUA